AUGAUCAGAUUCCUGACUUUGAUGGACAAGGCAGAUUACGCGGCAAAGGUCGCUCAGACAGCUAGGUGGCCUGAGGAUCUGCAAAUUUCUGGGAAACGGAUCGCUGUCCUGGGCAAUGGCUCCAGCGAAAUGCAAUGCAUCGGUGCCCUGCAGUCUGCGGUGGAUACACCUAACUUGGACUUCCUCAGGGUAGUUAUCAAUGGGUUCGAAUUGAAGCAAGCCUACGUAGUGCUGAACAUCAUGGAUGAGCAACACACUAUCUUGAAGAGUCAGUAUAUGUACGUGGCAGGUAUGAGAGGCAUACAAGACACCUUGGACUCCGGGCCCGCGGAAAUUCUGUCAAUGGCUCAUCUAAGACAGCCACCAGAGCCUCGCAAGUCAUCUGCGCAAAACAUCAGUCUGGAAGUUGGGCUUCUUAUUCUCCAGGAGUUGAAACUGUCACUUGACGUCCUGAAGGGCCAUGAAGUCUUUUCUUAA